AUGGCUAAUCGGAAAGGCCUACCUGAAGCUGUAAAAAAGGCAAAACUCAAGAAACAGUUUGACAUUAUCCAAGUACAGAAAGGAAAUCUCAUUGCAACUGCCUUCAAAGACAAGAGACAAAUCACCUUCCUGUCAACAGCAUCUCAACCUGGUGUAUGCGAGAAUACAAGGAAGCCCUUUGUAAAUCUUGACUACAAUGCUCACAUGGGAGGCGUCGACAAAUUUGAUCAGUUGUCCUCUUACUAUCCAAUUGGGAGACCUGGAAAGAAGUGGUGGAGGUACAUAUUAUGGUAUGUUAUCAAUCUAGCUGUUGUCAAUGCUUGGAUUCUUUUCCAAAGAACUGACGGCAAGGUUCCCCCUCCGCCAAAAGGCUAUGACCAUCUUCGCUUCAGAAUGGACAUUGCGGACCAACUGAAAGCUGGUUUUACUAGCAGAAAACACAGAGUGGGUAGGAAAAGUAAGAAAUGUAACAGAUCAGUGUUAGUUGCAGCUGAAUCCAUCAAGCAUCAUCACCUGGAGAAAAUUGAGGGAAGGAAGAAAAUGUGUAGGGAAUGUUCCAUGCAAAAGAGAAAAACUCCGAAGGGCUACCCCAUUGAGACAUCCUACAAAUGUAAAUUCUGUGACAUUCCACUGUGUCGAGUCGGAUGUUUUGCAGCAUUCCAUGACCGAAACCUCUCCGACUAG